CGAGGCUCGCAUGUGAUAGUGAAAAUAAACAUGGCGCCGGACUUGAGUGCGGAGAACUGAGGACUUGGGAAAUGCAUAUGUACACCCUUGACAGUCUUCAUACUUCUCUAGUUCCUUGAAAAUAGAAAUGAAAGUCUGUUCAGAAAGUCGGAUAUGAAAAAUGGCUGCUUGGACACCGACAAGUGAUGCAAAAUAUGGAGUUGUUGUUUAUAAUUUUGACGGCAGUGUCUGUCAUGGACUACGGUUAACCAUUGGCGAGACGGUGCAUAUUUUAGAAGAAUGCGCAGGUUGGUACCGAGGAUGCACUUCGCGAAAUAAAUCUGUAAAGGGUAUUUUUCCAGCAACCUUUGUUCAUCUCAAAGACUGUUCUGUGGAAAAUACAGGGACAGCAAAUGAAAGUGUUGUACCAAAGGAAGAUGCUACCGUAAAAGAACUAACUUUGAUAUUGAGAGAGUGGUUUGUCAUCUGGAAAGAUCUCUACAGGACACAACAAGUUCGUCUUUUUGAAGCACUGAAGACAAUUAUGUGGGAUUUGGUGGAAUGUAGACAAAAGCUGUUAUCGGGCACGCUGACACAAGAUCAAAUGGAUGACAUCAAGAAGAAAGCCAUCACAAAAAUUGAUUGGGGUAACAGCAAAAUGGGACUGGAUCUUAUUCCACGGGUGGAUGGUGAAGUAGUUGAUGCUGACUCUACAAGUGUUGUUGAACUCUACAAAGUGCAUGUCUCAAGUGCUGAAGCUAAUCUGCAAGUAUCAGUAAGUUUUGAAUGCGAGAGAUUUCUAGUUGCUAUCAGCAAAAGUGAUAGUACACUAAAGGUGAACCAACCCCAGAGGAUUGAAAACUCCACCUGUGUUUUUACGGACCUAGGGAGUAAGGACAUCUCUGCUGAAGCCUAUCUGGUAGCUCACAUUGUGAGAGUAGGGAGGAUGCUAACUGAGGGUUCCUCCAAAAAGGUUUCAAAUGCAUCAUAUAGGAGACCAUUUGGGUGUGCUGUGUUAGACAUAGUUGAUGUUUUGACUGGAAAAGAGGAACAGUUAGAAGGCAAAGAAUUUCACAUGCCAAUCUUUACUUGUAGUGAUAGUGAUUUCUGGACAGUCCAUGAUAGUAUCAUCAAGAAACAAACCAGUAAAUACAGUGCUCCAAGCUCAAAUAGUGGUAUCCAUGUUUCUUUGAGGGCAUUUCACGGUGACCUAGAUAAGGUUCAAAGUGAGAAUCCCCUUUUGCUACCCAAAGGGAUUUCAGUUGUCAGAAAAUUAGGAUUCCCUGACGUCAUCAUGCCAGGUUGGUGCUCAUCAUCAUUACUGUUUACAGUCAAAUCUGUGAAAGGGUUCCAUUAUCAGAAUUCUACUAACCACUUUAUCUGUGCCUGGGAUUCUCAUCAUGUACAUGGGGUUGGACUUCUGUACUUUGCUAUUUCUGUUUUUCAGGACUGUGUUUUCCUUGGAGCAGGUGGUCCCAGUUUAACGGAAUACCAAUCAAUCAUCUUCUACCACAACAGCAGCCCAAAAUGGAGUGAGACCAUAAAGAUACAGCUUCCCUUUGACAAGUUCCUGGGUUCCCACUUGAGAUUUGGCUUUCGACACUUGUCAAAGUUUGAAGAAAAAGAAAAAGCUGACAAGACGUUUGGUUUUUCAUUUGUGAGUCUCAUGAGAGCUGAUGGUACAACAGUGCCUGAUGACACACAUGACCUUUGUGUGUACAAGUACGACGAGAAGUGUUUCUAUGACUCAAUGACAUAUCUUCACAUGCCAUCAAGACUGUCCCAAAUGGAAAAUCAUGUCAACUCCAGCUCAGAUAGACUGGUACGCAACUCUAAAGAUACCUUCUACAUCAAGACUAUAGUGUGUUCCACGAAGCUGACUCAAAAUGUUGACCUUGUUGGCCUGUUAAGAUGGAGAUCGCAGAAGCGUCAAAUCCCGUCUGUGUUAACGUCUUUGCUAAAAAUUGACGGAGAGGAAAUUGUAAAGUUCCUUCAGGACAUUUUCGAUGCUCUGUUUGCUAUUCUGAAUGAAGGUGCAGAGCAGUACGGUAACCUGGUGUUUCAAGCUUUGGUGUUUAUCAUUUGCAUCCUUUCCGAUGAGAAGUAUCAACACUUUCAAGAUGUAUUGACGACGUACAUUGAAAAGCAUUUCAGCGCAGCCUUGGCUCACAAGAAAUUAAUUAGCUGUUUGAAACAAGCCUUGAUUUAUACUGGAGAAAAUGACAAGAUUGAAAAACUCAAAAAUGUCAUGACGGCCUUAGAAUAUCUUUUUAAAUUUAUUAUUCAGUCAAGAAUGCUGUUGAUCAGCAUGCAUCGGGGACGAGAUGCAGCAAGUUACGAGCAAUUCAGGCAGGACCUGAGCUCGGUGUUUACUGAUCUAAAUGAAUUGAUGUCUUCACGUAUAGCUGAUGUUACUGUACAGUCUUUAGCAAUGCAACAUUUUGUUGGAAUUUACCAAGACGCUUUAAAAGUUUUUAGCAUCGAGGAACUGAGUAUGAUUGCUAAGCAAUUCCUUCUCAGCGUUGUAAAGGACCAAAAGGCCCUCACCAGUAGUAAACUACAGUUUAUUGAUGCCACUGUAAAGAGUGAACUCUUUGUCCACAAAGAAUCAAGACAAACCCUUAUGCCAGUCCUGGUGACUAUCAUUCAACAACACUUGAUACAAAAACAAGACAUGAGGACAUGUGCAGAGAUACUGGGAUCAAUUCUCACAGCUUUGCACCACGGAACUGCAAAGGGUCCAAUUGAAGAGGAUGUGUAUCUCGUUGUAAGAACCCUGCUGCAGCCUGUGUUUCAAACAGUAAUGACGGUGGACAGGACAAGUGAACUGGCGAGGCAUUUUCUGGCAGUGUUGACAAAUUUACUGUGGAUCAUGAAAGAAGAGCAUUACCAGCGAUAUCUGAAGGAGUUCAGCAACAACAAGGAGCUCAAGGAUUUCCUGGUCAAUGUGUUUGUGGUAUUCACUGAGAUAGUCAAGCGUGGAAUCUUCCUCAGAGACUGGAUCGUCAUAAUCGUCUUAGGAAACAGCGUGAUUCUCAGGGCCAUUCAGAAUUUUUCACAAGCUCUUUUGGAUAAUUUUUCUGGAGAAAACUUCGACUAUCAGUUGUGGAACAACUACUUUAACUUGUCAGUGUCAUUUCUCACUCAAUCUCACCUUCAACUGGAGAACUUUACUGAAGUGAAGAAGAACAAGAUCAUUGACAGAUAUGGUGACAUGAGACAAGUCAUGGGUUUUGAGAUUGUUCACAUGUGGCAGAGUCUUGGUUCCUCUCAGAGCCAUUUCAUUCUUACGUUGGUUUGUCCUUUCCUGGAAAUGACUCUUGUACCGGAAACAGAAUUGCGCAGAGCUACGUUACCAGUUUUCUAUGACAUGGUGGAAUGUGAGCUGAGGACGAAAGGCGUGGCUACCAUGGUGGAAGCCAAAAUAGUGAAUGAACUUGACCGGCUGGUGAGUGUGGACAAGAAAGGAGACAAGGAGUACAAGAAACUCUUCAAGCAAAUUCUAACGGAAAAGUUCAAGGAAGGACUUCUCGUUCCUGAAGAAGGUUUAGCGUUCGUAAGUCGUGUAACAGACCUGCUGGAGUUGCUACUUGAGUACAGGAGAAUAUCUGCUGAAGACGACAGAGAGCAGAAAAUGAGUUGCCUUGUACUUCUGCUGGAAUUUUACCAAAAAAUCGGACGUGAAGACAUGUACAUCAGGUGUAUCAACAGACUCUGCGACCUUCACGUUGCUGCAGAGAACUUCACAGAAGCUGGUUAUACAGCCCUGAAACACGCUGAACUACUCAAGUGGCCAGAGACUCUUCUGGAAGAUUCACCAGAAUCUCUGAACGAUUUCCAGCUCAAGGAAAAGUUAUAUUUGGAUGCUAUUGACUAUCUAGAUAAAGGAAAGACGUGGGAGAAGGCGAUUGAGCUGUGUAAGGAGCUGACAGAACAGUACGAAUCACUGCUGUAUGAUUACGUUAAACUUGGCGACAUUCUGAAACAACAAGCCAAGUUCUUCGACAACAUCAUGAAACAGGUUCGGCCUGAACCAGAGUACUUCAGAGUAGGAUUCUACGGCAAGGGCUUUCCGUCCUCGGUUAGGAACAAAGCGUUUGUUUAUCGAGGUCAAGAGUACGAGAAAAUCGGCUCGUUCAACCAGAGACUAAAGGCACAGUUCUCGGAUGCUCAAAUGAUGGACAAGAACACACCUCCAGAGGAUGAUAUACUGGAAUCUGACAAGCAGUAUCUACAAUGUUGUCGAGUGAUUCCCAUCUCGGAACACGAAGAACGUUUUUCUGGCAAAGCAGUUGAUGAUAAAAUUGCAGGUCAUUAUCGUGUAAAUGACGUCAGACGCUUCACUAACUCACGGCCUUUGCGCCCGGGAUCGGAAGACUUUGCGAACUUGUGGUUGGAAAGAACAACCUAUACAAUCGCCUCACCUUUGCCUGGAAUUCUCAGAUGGUUUCAAGUCACUUCUUCUGAAAGCAUUGAAAUCAGUCCUUUACAGAACGCCGUGGAGACCGUGGAGUCCAAGAAUAAAGAGCUGGAUAGGAUUAUCACUAAUCUGUCCUCAGACACAACUCAGAGUAUUAACCCACUGAGUAUGAUACUCAAUGGUAUCAUUGAUGCUGCUGUCAUGGGUGGGAUAGCAAAGUAUGAAGAGGCGUUUUUCGCCGCGGAAUACCUGAAAAGCAAUCCAGGUGAUAAGCUACUUAUUGACCAGUUGAAACGCGCCAUAGAAAAUCAGGUUAAAAUUUUGGAGAGGGGACUUAAACUCCAUGACGCGUUAGCAACGAAAGACUUGCGUCCGUUUCAUAACAAGAUGGAGACGUGUUUUGCUGACAUGAAAGCUCGUGUCUCAGGGGAGGAGAGAAAAUCAUCUAGGCCUAAAGAUCUACAGAUUCCUUUGCCUCCGAUACCCUCUAACCAUGCCGCGACACUUCCGCACAUAAGGGAUUUAAGAAAACAGAGCUUACCUGACAUUGGCAGAGAAAGUGUUCCUGUGACGAAUUCAAAACAGAGGCGUCAAAGCGAGUUUCCGCCACCACGAAGCAUGUGGUACGACAGCGAUGACCAACCAGCCAAGAAGAUUUCUGGAUCAAAGUCCCUGGAAGCUCUUUCAGAACUAGAUGAACUUGCUCCGCCAGUUCCAAAGAAGGGCUCUAAACCGGAUCUCACAUUUGGGAUCUCUCCUGAGUCAAUACGCCGGAGGACCACGAUUGGCGGAAAACUUCACCACAGGAGUUCCUCACCAGCGGGCAUGCUCAGAACGGUCACUUCUCCAGUGCAGCCUCUUCGUGACAAUGGAGAAAUGUCCCCUGCUCUCCCUCCCAAGCGCAAAAGCAUGGUGGUCUCCAAUCCUACAUUAAACGGAGCAGAGACUGGACACGAUUCUAAGGUCAUCCCCCCUCCUGCUAGCGAAGACAAUCUCCCCGCGCUACCUCCCAAGAAAUCUGUUUCUCGGAUGUCUGCUGAAGUCAACGGCCCUCCGGUUCCAGAAAAACCAAAGCGCCCAGUGACACUGAUAUCUCCUGAUGAUGACUGCAAUUCUGCACCUGUGCCUCUGUUGCCAGAGAAACGAAAAAGCUACGCUAGCACUGCAUCCAGCCGUGCAUCGUCAGUGUUCUCUGACUCAGUCCCAGAUCCCACGUGUCCUCUGUCACCCUUUUCCCCGUCAAACUCUCUCGGUAAUUCGACACAAAAAUUCUUCUCGCGGGAUCCUCGUGGGUUUUCAGUGCCGUCAGGUUCUUCAGUGUCAACGAUAUCCCCGACAACUCCCCGACAGGGGGUCCUUACAUCGGACGGGUAUAACUCCAGCGGGGCAAAUGGGUAUAGUUACGUAACACCGCCUUCAACACCUACUUAUCCACGAGUGCCGUAUGAUGAUGUUUCGUCGCCCAGUGCGUCUGUAGCUAGCUGGGUGUCGGAAAGCACAAAUUAUUUUUCGGCGUCUUCGUUUGACAGCGAUUUUAUGUCCCCUGGGAGUCCCCCGAAGCGAGGUUUUAACACGGGGAUGGAGCCAUCGUCGUCAACCCCGCAGAAUGUAGAUUUUUUCGCAGAAACCUCGCCCACGAAGAAUGACUCGACUCCGCCGCUAAUUCCGUCGAAAGGGCACGAUGACGCUUCAACAUUCGUUCAAAAAGUUGAAGGUUGGUCAUAUUCUGAAACGACAUCCACAAUGACGUCAUUAACGAAGGUUGGGUCACGUGACGAAUCAGCGAAACCUCGAACCCCAGUCCCCGCUCCUCGUAGAAACACGUUAAGCUCGUCAAAUCGACCCACUGUAUCUCGAUCUCCUUCGGACACGCCCGAUGGCUGGUUGAAUGCUCAUGGUUUAGGGCAAGACGUCACUCCACCUCCGGUCAUGCCCCGAAAAUCUCUUUAUUUUCCGGCGGAUAACAGCCCCAAGUCUCCUCCGCCAAAGCCGCCGAGACCUUCACAGUCUGCAAGUAGAUUACCUCCACCGAUGCCUAAACCUUACGCUCCAAAAUCGACCGAAAAUUCACCGGCAGCUCAGCGAGAAGCGCUCAAUACCGACACGCAGGACAUACCGCCUUCAGAAGGAAAACAAACAUGACCUGCUUGAUAUACACUUUAGGAAAUACUCACCCGGUACCCCCAAGGCGACACUUCGUCGUGCCCUUGACUUUACACAAACACUGCAUUCUAGCCCCUAAUAAAUGGACCGGACAUUUGACUGAAGGUCCUUCAUCGUGACUUCACCAGAAGAAUGAUAUCCUAGCAAACCAUAUAGAGUUUCUUACAGAUUUGUGCUUUCGACAAUGUUUCCGUAGUCUUUGGAAGACAGGUCGAUCAUUAAGCGUGCUGUACAUAAGGUAAAUGUUAAGUGAAUACGAGGGAUAGUACAAUAGUACAAUACGCAAUACAAUUGUCUCUUGUAACAAAAGUACCAAAAGUUUUCCCAGAAAAUAAAUAGGAAGUUAAUUAGGAAAAGCUAUAACGAAGACAUAGUAAUGUAUUAUUUCAGAUUUUACUAACGUAACUCAGAUAUUAGGCUCUGCGAAUAUGGCUUUUUUUAACUUGUGAAUAGGAACUUUUUAAAGUUGUAAUAUUGUACCAGAAUAUUGGCGUUGAAAUAACGCGUUCACAGGUUUCGAUUGUUGAAGAUAUUGAGGUAUCACCAUAUCGAUCUAAAACAACCAAAAGACGUCUUUUCAAUCCACCGUAGGAAAAAAGAUGGCGGCUGUACAUUUUACCACAAUACCUUGCGAACCUA